GUCUCCCGAGUAAACUUUCACAACAACAACAACAAAAGCUAUCCCUUGAACAACAGUGAUCUGCACCAGUUCAACAUUGAGGAGAAUGGCGGAGCACCAUAUGCUGCAAAAAUGCCUGCGAGGCACCACCACCACCACCGCCAUCACCACCACCACGCCAACUACGGCGCCCUUGCUCCCGACAGCAAAGACAUUGUUUCUGGAGUUCCAAACCCAAAUAGUUGAAGAGAAAAAGGUACCUGAAAAGACUCUUCAUCCCCCUGUGUCGCCUUCCUCUGUCCCUGAUCAUAUGAAGUGCAACAUUCUUAAAGCUCAAGUAGAAGCUGCUUUCAGAGUAGGCACUCAGGCUGUGAAAGAAGAGACCUCUUUUGUAAAUCCCAGUAAGACCUCCAGCCUGCAGGACCCUAAUGUAAGAAGUCCAGCUCCAGUGCGACCUGAAAAUACGCCAUCAUCUGGCCCUCCAGAAAAGCAGGAAAUUAAAGUUUCUCGUGUGAGGAAGUUAACAAGACAGUACAGCUUUGAUGAAGAUGACCUUCCUCCAGCACUGGCAGCAGCAGCAGCAGCAUCAACAUCUGUAUCUUCAGCAUCUCCUGGGUCACAGAAAAUGUGCACACCACAGACAUCAGAAGGACAAACACAGCUUUCACCUGGUGGCAAGAGUUCCACAGAUGCUGGAAGUACUUUUGCUCUGGAGCCAGGUGACCUUCUGAUGGAUUUCACAGAGGCCACACCUAUGAUAAAGACAUUCCCUGCUGAUACAUCUAAUCCUUUUUUCGAUCCUUUUACAACAGUACCACAGUUUUCUGCAGAGUUCACAGACAGCAAAUUGCAGUGCUGUGCGGUGCAGUCAUCUCCCAAGCUUUCGCCGGUACCGAAAUCUCCUGUUCUGAGAUCCCUGGCAGAGCCUGUGCCGACUCCAACAGUGCAGACAAUAUACACGUCACAUAAACCGAUAUCGCUGGCCGACAGCGCUGAGACUCUGAGGCGUGAACUUGAGAGAGAGAAAAUGAUGAAAAGACUCUUGAUGACAGAAUUAUGAAAUUCUCGCUUCCGUCUGAUGGAGAAUGGAUUGGGGCCUUUCAUGUGCCUUCUGUCUGUUUACAUUCCUCUGCUUCUGUGUACUCAACAUAAUGCAUCGGGAAAACGUGUGAUAUUCCUGACUCGCCUGGAUUCACUACGGUUGGUUAAAAUUCAGUCUUGGCUAGACUUUAACUUGAAGGAGUUCCUUUAUUCGUUUGCUGCUGGGAAAUAAACCUUCAAUCCUUUCUCUCUCCUGAGAUUUUAUACUAUUAACACAGUUAAUUUCAGGUUUGGUUUUGGUAAAUCUAGGGUAAAAAGGAUCAGCAAGGAGCAAACUGAUCUCUAUUGGGAAACACUGUUCUGUACAUAUGUUAAUAAGUGCACAGAAAUUAAUGUUAUGCAGAAUAUUUUGAUAGUAACAUAGAAAAUAUGUCAUUUUGUACAACUGAAAAUUGCAAUGAGCUACUGCUAUUUGUUAAAGAACCGUUUUUAAAGCAGAAGAAUGAUUAUUACUUCCUAACCCCAGGACUGUUAGUCUCCACAGAAAAACGAGUGGCUGUCUUACUAAAUUCCUAACCUUAACCUUUACUCAGAGAUACAAAUAGCUGCAGGGGGAGGACACCUCUCCACACAGGUGUACGUACCCGACACUCCCCAUAGUCUGCCUUCUCAACCUCAACCUGAAACUAAAUCUUACUUUAUUUCCAUUAAUGAUUAAAAAAAAAAACCCAGUUGUUUAAAGCAAUUUGAUACUGACUCUCUAGCUUGAUACUGACUUUUUGUAACUUGGUGGGAAGUUCUAGCUUCCCCAUGUUGCUGGGCACUCAGGCUUGCCCACACAUAGAUGGCUCCAGCUACAAAGCUUGGGCAGCACGAGUACAGCUAGCACAGCCAGGGUGCUUCCCCUCUCUGAUUCACCUUCCUGCUGCAUUGAUUUAUCGAUCACAUUAAAAAUAAUACAAAUAGUUUGUGGAACAGGGUUGGGUGGGUGUUCUCAUUAGCAGGACCGCAGCUUCAAGGAGUGUGUUGUGGUAUACACGUAAUAUGAUCAACAGUUUCCUAAAUUUUAAAGAGCAGUUCUCCAUUUCCCCCUGUCCAGCAGUGCAGGGUUGCCUACAAAGCUACUAACAACUGACUGUCAGCUACGAGAUACUAUUCCAACAGGAAAGCUUUUGUGUGUUUUGUAUGGCUGAAGAUGUAUAUUUUUCUGUUACUCUGUACUCUGUGUUCUCUGGUUUGUACUAAGAUAAAAGAUUGUCCUUAAUUUGAUACUGAUUACAAUGGCUUUAUCUCAGCUUAACCCGUUUGUUUGUGAGGAGGCUGGGAAGUGAUUGCUGUGAGACUGAGUUUCCUUCAGUUAGCUUGUGCUCUUCUGCCUUCUCUUCGAGAGGAGAAAUCUUGAGAGCAUCACAUGACUGUGGAUUGCAAUGUUAGAGGUAUAAAAUGACUUGUCUAUCUUAGAUUUACUGGGACACGAAACUAGCAUGAGGCUUCCCAGUUAAAAUCCAGCACCCCAAACCUUUCUGGUUACCGUGAAAUGGAGACAAAUAAACAGUACAACUGUGAGGUAGAAAUCCGCAAUGCAAAAUGCAAUGAUAUAGCUCAACAUCAGGAAUGGGCACAAGGAGUCAUAGAAACACACCUGGACUGCAGAUUUCAGAGCACUCCGAUGACAUUGCUGGGUAAUCAGACACAACCUGUAUGCUGUCCGUCUUCUGGUUAUGGUGCCAAGGCGAAUGUUUUCAUGUACCUCUCCAUCAGUCUGAGGUUAUUAAAAAUGAAUUAGGAACAUUAAAUUGCUGUGAAGAGAUCAGAAAGGAAGGGAACAUGGAACACAUAUCAAAGUCUGCAUCUUCGGUCUCCCAUUUCUCCUUGUUCACCACUUCUCUAAAGGUCCCGAUGGAGGGAGGAGCAGCAGCACCUUUGUCCACAUCCAAACAGAACUGAGCAGUGGAAAGAACAAAUAAACAAAAACUCUAAUUAGAGAUCCUGUUUCAGGAAAGUAAAGUAGGUUUGCAAAUGGCACAGCACUGGCCCUAUCUGGACCUGGUCUGCUACCUGCAGUUAGGCGGUGUCCACUUCCAUGUGAUCCGGUGGCUGUUUCACAAAGUCAUCACUGAGAGAAAAACAAAGGAAAUCAAAUUUGAGUGCACGCUUUGGUUGUACUGAUUGCCUUGGAAUGGACAUUGAGAACCCUGCAAUGUGCCUUCAGGUCUGGGGGUAAACAUCCAGUUCCUUGCAUUAGGGCAGUCUGGUCACAUACGCAAAAGCCUUUAGUAAAAUGGAAUGCCUGACUCAGACCAGCCCUUCUGAUUUUCUUGCUCAUCAACAAGCUAUUAGUUUAUUUUUUUAAGUGCAGCCUUUUACUUCUGUUGUCUAAAAAUUCUUACGCUAAAUUAUUCAGAACCGGAAAGCAAAAAAUGUGAACCAAGGUGACUUUGCAGUGGCCCAUGUCCCCACAGCUGGGGCUGCUCUGGCCUAGCUGAUCUCCUCUGUCCCCCCAAAUGGAGAGGGAAAGGCUCGUGUGGUCACUCAGUUCCAGUGGGGCAUUUCCCAAAAACCCCCACAUACGUUGCCUUGUCUUGUUUUAGUGUCUUAUCUACUGGCUGCCACUGUUUCCUGUUCUGCAGUCUAAUGGAGCUUUAUUUAACGCAUUAGACUGAUACUGAACUAAACUUUUAGCUGCAUAAUGACAUCAUGUUGUUCUUUCUUAUUAUGUAUUUUCUUCAGCCAUACCUAAGCAUUUCAGUUUCUACAUCCUUUGAAUAUCAAACACUCCUGCCUCGCCUCCAGUUGGAAAUCAUAACUUUAGGACACCUGCGAUCCAAACUACAGCAAACAAGACAACGUCAACAUGAACAUAUGCUGGGGGCAUAUAGUCUAGGUUUGCCCCUAGGCUUAAAUUUACAGGUGUGAAAGGAUACUCUGCCCAAAGGAAUGUCUAUAAAAUAGCGCAGAAGUAUCUGAGCUAGCUUUAAUGAGCUUGCAUAUGUAGUUGUGGCAGCAUGAAGCCCAGCACAGGCUAUCAUCAUCAUGUACAUCGACACAUGUAAAGAUAACACAUUUAAACAGCAGCCUUCUGAAGCAUGGUCUCCAGAGCUAUUGACAGAACGGGGUGGCUGGAAGGAAACCUGCCCUCCAGCCUUCCAGGGACAGGGUUCAUCUCACCUAAUGCUAUAUGUCCAGCUCUCACCUGCAGAGAGAUCCAAGGGACUGCCUUCCAGAGGUGCCUCUGACUUCAGUGUCUACUUUAAAUUGCUUAUAGUUAAGUGAGAUGAAUCCUGCCCUCUGUCCCUCUGGUUAGGCCUACAUUGCAAGCCCUUGCCAACAAGGCUACACCAUCCAGGGGUCCUUUGAGAUUCGAUUUGUGACCAGCAUAGCUCUGUAAGCAAGAACUAGCUCAUUAGAUGUAAAUAUGCCACCGAACGCCCUGUUGUCAGAACAGCUUUCUUCCCUCACGGGGGGGGGGAGCAAAGAGCUGGGACAGCCGCCACUGGCUGGAGCUGAGAGGCAUCAGCUGGUGUUAUGAGACCAGGACAGCUGGGGAUGCUUCCUGUAUGGCCACACUGGCAAAGCCUCUGGGGCUCCCGGCUUUCAGCAGAGCCCAACAGGGCGUCCUGACCUGGCAGGCAGAGCUCUGCUUUCAAGUGUGAAGUUGCCAAUUGGCAGAAUGCAAGGUUGUCAUGCUUCAGUGAUUCAAGCAAAAUUUAGCGGCCAAUUCAGCAGCUAUGCAAGGAGUUAAAUAUUUUCUCAUAUUGCAAUCUCUUAUGGAAGCCAACAAGCCAACCAAUUGUGGCUCAUUUUUGUGUGGUUCAGGUGUUUUCACUAUUUUGUUUAAAAGGGGAUAAUGGGGUUUUCGAGAUCCCCGGUCUCAAUCGGAUCCCACACUGUGUGCAGAUCUCUUACGUUCAAAUGUACUCAGCUCUCCUGGAAAUGCAGUGUUUGAAAAUUAACUCCUGGGAAGCUUUAGCUCGUGGCUUCACAUCUCUCUUGAUACAGGACCCUAUGUGCUCAUGAAACAGAGCUGGCAAUGCAGGGAAAUGUUUCAUUGGAGGCAGCACCAUGUUUUGUUUGAACUGUUUAUGAAUAUCAUUUGUUUUUCUUUUCUUUUUUCUGUUUAUUCUUCUGAAUACAUUUUGGUUCAUUGGCUACAAAAACCUACUCGUAAUUAUGCAACGGAAUAUUGUUUCCUUCUUUUCUUCUACUUUCUUUUCUUUAUUUCUAUUUUUUUUAAUUUUGAUGUCCUGAUGUUUAAGGAGUUUGCAAUAAAUAUACUGGUGCUGAUCUGUAAUUGCAUGUAAGAUCAGCCUCACAACUGUGUUUUGUAAAGUUAAGUGCCGUAAAAGAACCCAUGGGAAGGAGAAGGAAGAGAGGGAGUGAGGGGAGGAGAAGGCUUCUCUGGCAGCUGCAGCCUAGGCUGGUGGGCAGCAGCUUUAAGGAAAGAUUGCUCACCCCGUUUUGUUCCAUCUGGGUAGCAGCAUGUAUCACCAGACAGUGUGUGAUGGCAUUUUGUUGAAAACAUGCCUGGAGAGAAACUUUUACGGCUCAGCUGUUUACCUGUUCCUGUAUUCAUGCCUGCAAUAAAUGAGAUGAAAAAUAAA